AUGGGAGCCGAUGGGAGCCGUCCGGACUUGAGCCUGAUGGGGGGUCACCAGCGCCUGAGCUCCCUCGCGCUCCUCUUCUUUCUGCUGCCCCCGGCGGCCUGGGGGAGCUGGCCUGAGCCCCCUCGGGGAUCCUUGCUUUUUGUGACCCUGAUCCCUCCGUUUCCCCAGGUCUAUCGCCAUGGGGACCGUGCCCCCCUGGACUCCUACCCCACAGACCCCCACAAGGACAAGGCCAUAUGGCCCUAUGGACUAGGCCAGCUCACCCAGGAGGGCGUCCAGCAGCAGGUCGAGCUCGGCCGCUUCCUCAGGGCCAGAUACGGCAACUUCCUGAACCAGGAGUAUCAUCGAGACGAGGUGUAUGUGCGGAGCACAGACUACGAGCGGACCCUGCAGAGCGCCCAGGCCAACCUGGCCGGGCUCUUCCCGAGGCCUCCCCUCACCCCCGGCUGGAUGCCGGUCCCCAUCCACACUGUCCCAGCCACUGAAGACAAGCUGCUAAAGUUCCGGACCCAGCGAUGUCCCCAGUACCAGAAACUUCUGGAGGAGACAGUGGCAGGAGAAGAGUACCAGGCAGCCCUCGAGGGCUGGAGAGAGUUCCUGGUGCACCUGGGGAACCUCACAGGCUUAUCCCUGGCCGACGGGCCCCUCCACAGGGCCUGGAAGGUGCUGGACACCUUGACCUGUCAGCGAGCCCACCGGCUCCCCCUCCCUGAGUGGGCCACCCCAGAGGUGCUCAGGUCUCUGGCCCAGGUGUCAGCCCUGGACGUUCGAGCCCACGUGGGCCCCCCGAGGGCAGAGGAGAAGGCCCAGCUCACUGGAGGAAUCCUGCUCGAUGCCAUCCUAACCAAUUUUACCCAGGUCCAGGCCCGAGGGCUGCCUCUCAAGAUGAUUAUGUACUCAGCUCACGACAGCACCCUGCUGGCGCUCCAGGGAGCCCUGGGCCUCUACGACGGCCACCACCCGCCUUAUGCUGCCUGCCUCGGGUUCGAAUUCUGGAAGCACCUGGGAAAGCCAGAGCCAGAGGAAGAGGAGGGGAACAUAACUGUCUCUCUCUUCUAUCGUAACGACUCUUCCCGGCCACCCCUGACGCUGGAGCUGCUGGGCUGUCCCUCCCCAUGCCCGCUGGGCCGCUUCCGCAGGCUCACUGCCCCAGUCCGGCCGCCCCCAGGGGGACCUCCCUGCCACCGCCCCACCAAGGAUGCUGACCCCGCAGGCGCUGCGGUGCCCGUGCUGGCAGGGACUGUGGGGAUCCUCGGCGUCCUCAGCCUGGGGCUCGGGGCUGCGCUGUGGAGCCGGGGUUCUCCGGCACCCAGGGAAGGCCCGGUCUAAGGGGGAGACUCCCAGCUUGAGGGUCCAUUG